AUGUGGCAGGAAAGGAUUGGCGGUCCAACUUCCUCGCCUCUGAAGUUUAUCUCCUUCACGUCCAUCUCAACGCAGUAUGGGACUUACACCGGUGGUAUUCCAUUAUUUAUUCUGCCCUUUAUUUUGGAACCCCUGAAUCAGGGUAACAAGUCAAAACAAUACAUGGCCCUUCUCACUUAUCCAACGUUCUUCCUCGUCCCUGUAUGCAGAGAAAGCGUACUCGGUCGAUGUGACUCCAGUUUAUAUCGCUCGAAGAAAGGACUACCGAUCGUCAAGAGCAGUCCGAUUCCUUUGGAUCAUGUCCUGACCAUCUCUUCGUUGUAG